AUGACCACUCCUCUCGUGGGCAACAUCACCACAAACUACGACCGGAGCCGUCGAAUGUCCGGUGCCUCUCCUGACAACCAGGUCACAGACUACCCUUAUCUGGACCGAACAACUUCUUCGGGGGGUGGUGUUGUGGUCGACGAGAGCCAUGAAACCAACCGGGAAAUCCAGCACCUUGCCCGGCAAUAUUCCCGCGUUUCGACCGCUGCAGAGCCCGGAUAUCACCCUUUCGAUGAGGCGAGCGUCGGUACCGAGAUUGAUCCCAACUCGGACAACUUCAAUGGCAGGGCCUGGACAAAGGCCAUGCUGAAGCUCCAGAAGCUGUCCGGCCAGGAAAAUGUCGGUCGAAAGGCCGGGUUCGCCUUCCGCAACCUCUCGGCUUUUGGCUACACCAAGGGCAGUGACUUUCAGAAGACGGUCGACAAUUAUCCUCUGGCCCUGAUGGAUAUGGCACGGGGCCUCUUCGGCCACAAAGGCCAACGCGUGGACAUUCUACGGGACUUCGAAGGUGUGGUGCAGCCGGGCGAGAUGCUCGUCGUCCUCGGGCCCCCUGGCUCUGGUUGUUCCACCUUCCUCAAGACCAUCACGGGCGAGACUCAUGGUUUCAACCUCAGUGAAAAUUCCUACAUCAACUAUCAAGGCAUUGGCUACAAGAAGAUGCACCAUGAUUUCAAGGGCGAAGCUAUCUACACGGCGGAGCAAGACGUCCAUUUCCCUAUGUUAACGGUCGGCGACACGUUGCUCUUUGCAGCCCGAGCCCGGACGCCGCAGAGUAUGAAGCUGCCCCCAGGUGUCACCAAGACAAUGUACGCAGCUCAUCUACGGGACGUGGUCAUGGCCAUCUUUGGUAUCAGACACACCGUCAAUACCAAAGUCGGUAAUGACUUCGUCAGGGGCGUCAGUGGCGGUGAAAGAAAGAGAGUGUCAAUUGCGGAGGCAACAUUGAGUUAUGCCCCUCUCCAAGCUUGGGAUAACAGCACGCGAGGUCUUGAUUCAGCCAACGCCAUCGAGUUUUGCAAAACGCUCCGGACCUCGACGGACUUGAAUGAAACGACUGCGGCUGUUGCCAUUUACCAGUCGCCACAAAGUGCCUAUGACUUUUUCGACAAGGUGAUUGUUCUCUAUCAAGGUCGCCAGAUCUAUUUCGGCCGCACUACCGAAGCACAGAAGUACUUUGAGGAUAUGGGUUUCGAAUGUGCCAAACGCCAGACCGUCCCUGAUUUCCUUACCUCCAUGACCAAUCCGAUUGAACGCCUUGUCAAGAAGGGAUACGAGUCGCAAGUGCCUCGCACGCCAGACGAGUUUGCUGAGCGAUGGCAGAAGAGCGAGGCACGCCAGAGAAUGUUGCAGGAGCUGGAUGCCUUCGACAAGGCCAACCCUAUUGGGGGCCCCAAUCUGCAAGCUUUCCAGCAAUCUCGUCGAAUCCAACAGUCAAAAGCUCAACGGAAAUCUUCUCCAUACACCUUGUCGUAUGGGAGCCAAAUCAGAUUGUGCCUCUGGCGUGGCUGGAAGCGACUUAUGGAUGAUCCUGCCAUUACACUCACACAGCUUUUUGCUAACUGUAUCAACGCUCUUGUGGUUUCUUCCUUGUUCUACAACCUACCGGCAAACAGUGACUCACUCCGAUCUAGAAGCUCACUCAUCUUUUUCGCGGUAUUGCUCAACGCAUUUGGCAGCGCUCUGGAGAUCCUUACACUGUACGCACAGCGCCCGAUUGUCGAAAAGCAUCAGCGAUAUGCACUUUACCACCCUUCGGCCGAGGCCUUUGCAUCAAUGCUCACAGACGUACCCUCAAAGACUCUCAACGCUAUCGGCUUCAAUUUGAUUCUCUACUUCAUGACAAACCUUCGACGGACCCCUGGUGCCUUCUUUUUCUUCUUGUUCACCACAUAUACCUUGACCUUCACCAUGUCCAUGUUGUUUCGCUUCAUCGCGUCAGUGUCGAGGUCUCUAGUGGAAGCUAUGGUCCCAGUUGCUGUCUUGAUGAUCUCUAUUGUCGUGUACACGGGUUUCGUUAUCCCUGUGGACUAUAUGCAUGGGUGGGCUCGUUGGAUAAACUACAUCAACCCGACAGCAUAUGGAUUUGAAAGUCUGAUGGUGAAUGAAUUUCACAAUCGCGACUAUCCUUGUUCAACAUUCGUCCCUCCAGCGCCACAGUUUGGAAAUGGCUCGACCACGGCCCAAAUCUGUACUGUCGUUGGUUCCGUGGCCGGCCAAACCGCAAUCGACGGCGACGCUUACAUCAAUAUCUCGUACAAAUACUAUGCGGCCCACAAAUGGCGCAACAUUGGCAUCUUGUUCGUGUUCAUGAUUGGACUCUGUGUUAUGUACUUGGUUGCAACCGAGACGGUGACCGCGAAGAAGUCCAAGGGUGAAGUGUUACUCUUCCGCCGAGGCCACAAACCGGCUUUCUUGAAAGAGCGCGCGUCUGAUACGGAGUCGGGGGGCUCCGACCCAAACCUGGUUGCUCUCGAAAGGAGGCAGACGAAGGACGAACAAUUGACACGACAAGUCAGUGCUGUGAUCCAGAAGCAGACUGCUAUCUUCCAGUGGAGAGAUGUCUGCUACGAUAUCAAGAUUAAAGGCCAACCACGUCGAAUUCUCGAUCACGUUGAUGGUUGGGUUAAACCAGGAACUAUGACAGCUCUAAUGGGGGUUUCAGGUGCGGGCAAGACUACUUUGCUCGACUGUCUGGCAACUCGUGUGACAAUGGGUGUUAUCACGGGCGAAAUGCUGGUCGAUGGAAGGCAACGCGACGAGUCCUUCCAGAGAAAGACAGGCUACGUGCAACAGCAGGACUUACAUCUUGAGACAAGUACCGUACGAGAGGCUUUGCGCUUUAGCGCCAUCUUACGACAACCGAGAAACGUUCCUCGGCAGGAAAAGAUCGAUUACGUCGAAGAGGUUAUCAAAUUGCUGGACAUGCAGGAGUACGCUGACGCUGUGGUUGGAGUACCAGGUGAAGGUCUCAACGUGGAGCAGCGGAAGCGGUUAACAAUCGGAGUAGAGCUCGCUGCUCGACCUCAACUCCUUCUCUUCCUUGACGAACCUACCUCCGGCCUUGAUUCGCAGACUUCCUGGUCUAUACUGAAUCUUCUCGAGAAGCUGACAAAAGCUGGCCAAGCUAUCCUAUGUACCAUUCACCAACCGUCCGCCAUUCUAUUCCAAAGAUUUGACCGACUCCUAUUCCUUGCCGCCGGUGGCAAGACUGUAUACUUUGGACCGGUUGGCAAGGACUCCAAUAUCUUGAUUGAUUAUUUCGAACGGAACGGCGCACACGAAUGUCCACCUGGCGCUAAUCCCGCUGAAUACAUGCUCGAGGCGAUUGGUGCAGCUCCCGGAUCUCAUUCCGAUAUCGAUUGGUUUCAAGUCUGGCGCAACUCGCCCGAGUACCAAGAGGUGCAGCGAGAAUUGGAAGAGAUGAAAACCGAACGGUCUGAAAUGGUGGCCCCGACUUCACCAAACAAGGCCGAUUACUUCGAGUUUGCUGCGCCUUUUACUGUGCAAUUCUGGGAAACACAGAAACGGGUUUUCGAGCAAUAUUGGCGGACCCCAGAGUAUAUCUACUCCAAGCUCCUGCUGUGUUGCCUCACGGGUCUGUUUAUCGGUUUCUCACUCUUCAAGGCUCCGAAUACUCAACAGGGGCUUCAGAACCAGCUCUUUGGUAUUUUCAUGCUGUUGAUCCUAUUCUCGCAGCUCGUGCAACAAAUCAUGCCUCUCUUCGUCACACAGCGCAGUCUGUACGAAGUGCGUGAGCGACCUUCCAAGGCUUACUCAUGGAAGGCGUUUAUGCUAUCGAAUAUUCUCGUCGAACUUCCCUGGGCGACGUUGGGCGCCGUGAUUUUGUUCUUCUGUUGGUACUACCCUAUUGGGCUGUACCGAAAUGCCGUAUACACCAAGACUGUGGCCUCACGUGGAGCAACGCAGUUCUUGUUUGUGCUGGAGUUUCUCCUGUUCAGCAGCACCUUUGCGCACAUGAUGAUUGCAGGGAUUGCGACAGCAGAGACGGCCUCCAACAUUGCAAACGUCCUGUUCUCUCUUUGCCUUCUGUUUAACGGUGUCUUGGUCGGCCCCAGAGCCAUGCCCGGGUUUUGGAUCUUCAUGUACCGAGUGAGCCCCUUUACGUAUCUUGUCGAAGGACUUUUAAGUGUAGGGAUCGCACACGCACCAGUUACAUGUGCCGCCAACGAGUACCUCCACCUCACCGCGCCCGCCGGCAAGACAUGCAGCGAGUACCUCGGCCCCUUCAUCAAGCAAGCGGGCGGCUACCUCCUGGACCCCAAGGCCGCGACGCACUGCCAAUUCUGCACCGUCAACAGCACCGACACCUUUCUGUCACUGGUCAGCAUCUCCUUCUCGCAUCGAUGGCGCGAUUUCGGCAUCCUGUUUGUGUACAUUGCGUUCAAUGUCUUUGCCGCGGUGGCGAUUUACUGGUUGGCCAGGGUGCCCAAGGGGAAGAAGUACGCGGGCGGCAAGGAUGCGGACAAGAGCAAAGCGUUGGUCAAGACCCUGAGCAAUGCGAGCCAGGGCCAACAGCACGGCUCCGGUGGGCACCACGAGAAGAGCCCUGCCGUGCUCGGCGGCGGCGCGUCUUCGGAGAAGGAUGACCGCCGCACGACCCCCUCACGCUCCACGGACGACUCGGACAUCGACGACAGCGAUCGGUCUGUUGGGGAGAAAGGCCCCGCCUACGCGAUCGAGAAGAGAGAUGAAGAGAAACGUCAGGUGAAAGAGGACGAAGUCGCCGCCACCGCCGUGCCAUCGUCUGCCGGAAAUUCAACAAGAGAAGAAAAUGCAGUCGCGGCAGAAACUGCACAGAGACCGACCACGGAACGCUUCGUCACGGCACCGCAGUUCUGA